AUGGCACAAGAAACUCAUAAUAGAAAAAGUCAAACAGUAAAGUUUCGGGAUCACAUUGUUGAUAUACAAACCGUUAAAAUUAAUGACAUCGAGUGCCUGCGUCUAAGAGAUGUUCAACUACGGUUUGAUACGGUCAGGGCCUUUCAGAUUGACAAUGUACAGCAAGCAUUCCUUCACGACGAACAUGGUAAUGAUCUCGAGCCGUUGCGUAUUGUUGCAUGCAUUGGGCAAAUUGUUGAAGCAGUAGAAUCUAUGAAAGAUUUCAGUAAUGACACUCAUGGUCAACUGGUUCGAAUUGAAGGUAAAAUUGAUCGUAUCGACAUCAAUGUACAGGAGAUAAUGCGCCAGAUUGCUAAUGUGAUGAGGCAAAUGUAUGAACUGCAUGAGUAUACUACACCUCGCUAUUUUUUCAUCUUGCCCGCAAAGCAUAGCGACAUGAUGCUGAUCGACGCCGUACAAAACUGGUUUCACACUCACUAUAAACUCUAUUUUCUAUGUGAAUGUUCACAUGAUCCAAAAGAAAUGCAUGUCGCUCCACAUGAAGGUUAUUCAAUUAAAAGGGCGAGAGAUUUCGUCGUAAAAUAUGCACCAUAUUUAAGAACAACUAUACAAAUUGCUCAAGUUCUACUUUCUGUCGGAGGUCUUGUUAUUCCACAACUAGAAAAUGUAUCAAAAGUUAUCGAUGAUGUAAUACCGUCGCAAUUCAAAAACCCUAAGUGCUACGAAGAUAUGAAACAACAAUUACAAAUGGUAGAUGAUUUACUCAAUAAAGUCGACAACCAACGAAAUCGUGCAGGUGCUUCCAUAAUUAGCAAACAGAAGUUAAAAGGAACACCAUUGCAAGGCACAGAACUACGAGAAAUUCAAACAUAUCUAGAACUUGUAGAUGAUAAACGUAGCUUAGGAAAUCUAUACCGAAUAGUCACUGAUGACGGUUAUAUUCGUUGGGUCUGUCACAAACACUAUGAUGAGGCUAGUUACAACAAUGAAAUGAGCAAAUACAUCAAUGAAUUUAAAGCCAUGGGAGGUAAAUUCGAUGAGACGACUAACGAAGCACUUAUAAAUCAAGUGAAUAUUACUAAAGAAAAUGUUGAAAUGAUGUGCAAGGCUCUUGAGAAGGGUUUUAAUAUUGAGAAGCUAAUAUGUCGAGAAUGUUCAAUCGGCGAAAAUGAUCUAAAAAAACUGCUUGACAUCAUCAUUAAUCGUUCUUCAAUUCGUUGUCUAAAUAUGGGUUCGGUUCGUGUACGAAACGUUUUUGGAAUCACAAAGUAUACUUGUCAAGAAAUGGUCGCAGAGUUCAAUAAUCAAACAAUGAAAGUUCGUUUCUGCAACAGUAAUCAAGAUGCAAAUGUGCAGAUACUCGGUCGACUUUUGCUACAAAACAAAAUAUAUCGAAGCUUAGAUUUCUCUGCAAGUGACUUUAUUUGUCGAGAAUCGGAUCUUCAGCGACAUCUUCAAUCUAAUUCAAUUCUAACCGAACUGUUUGUGGAGAAAACCAACAGUAUCAAUAUUCUGAAUAGUAUCUUUAAUUGGAAGAUAAAUGCACUUCAGCGACUGAAACUGACUCACUCACUGUACGACUCCUCAACAUUGUCUCAUUUCUGUGAAAUGUUGAAGAAAAACAAAACGCUUGUCGAAAUCGACCUGAUGGAUCGUAAUGGGUUUAAAGACGAAAUUUUCAUCAAUAAUCUAUUGAGUAUAUUGAAAGAGCAUAACUCAAUUAAAUAUUUGAAUCUGCACAUUGUAGAUGUGCAACCAUCGAAUCAAAAGGAAGCUUGCCUAAUUGAAUCAUUGCAACACGAUGAAUUUAUUUCACGUCUUUGUAUAUCGUCAUCAACUAUCUCGUCUAAACUCACAAAAGCACUUCUUCAUGCUGGAGAAAAACGUGAUACAUUCACAUAUUUAGAGCUUUACAAUUGUCAAGUGAGGCACGAUGAACAAGCAAAACUACAAUCGUUGUAUGAAAAUGGACGUUUGCACCAAUUGGGCUUUUAUGAGCAACCGCGUUGGCUUAUGAUGCUUGAGAAAACAAACGAGUCGUUAAACAGAGGUAAGAAAAACAAAAAGUCGACUUCCACCAUUAAUAAUGUGAAUGGCGUAGAGGAUGAGCAGCACAUUCAUAUGCAGUAUUGA